UCAGUUCUGUGAAGUGAAAGUGAGAGCACUUGGGGGUAUUUUACGUCCAGACGAAGCGAGAUACUAGGAUGGUUAUACGCUUAAAUGGACUCGCUGGUUUGUUUAGAAAGCAAUUAUAAGGACACGCAUUUAUAAUCGAUAGUUUUAUGUUAUUAUGGACAGUAUGAAAGAAGCGCGCGGAAGCAGUUACGAACGCGGACGAUCAAACACAGGACAUAAUGGAGCAAGCUGGUAUCAAAACUAUCCUAUAUUCAAAGGACAGUGACUUUGCUGCGUGUUUGCACUUGUAUUUGGAUAUUUCAUGUAGAAUAUAAUUUUUCCUGAAACUAGCAAUAAUUAAGAAGAGCGGUUCAUGGAUGUUAUCCAAGUUUCGGACAAUUCCAGUCAGGCGUCGUUGCAAUAACUAUAAUAGCACAAAAGGAUAGUUGUGCGGUUUUUCUUACCCGUCUAGACAACUGUAUAUGGAAGAAUGGAUGCUGGCAGCGAGGUGUCAACUAUUGUUUCUCCCGGUACCGAUGGAAAUCUCCCCAAACAUUUGUGGAGGCAACAGAACCCGGUUCCUCUUCAGCUGCAGAACACUUUCGGAUCGCGUAAAAACAACCGGGUGAGACAGAGGGGCUUUUCGGACACAGAGAAGUACCUCAAACCCCGGACCAUGGAUCGGACAUAUGCCGUUGACACCGGUAACCGUCCCGGUCUGAAGAAAUCCAGAAUGUCCUGGCCAUCGUCCUUUCAAGGACUUAAACGCUUUGAUGUGGACAAUGGUACCUCAUCGGGACGCAGUCCGCUGGAUCCCAUGGCCAGCCCGGGGUCAGGCCUCAUCCUUCAGGCCAACUUUGUGCACAGCCAGAGGAGAGAGUCUUUCCUGUAUCGCUCCGACAGCGACUACGACCUCUCGCCGAAAUCCAUGUCCAGAAACUCCUCCAUAGCUAGUGACAUACACGGUGAUGAUAUGAUUGUAACACCUUUUGCACAGGUUUUGGCGAGUUUAAGAACGGUCCGGAAUAACUUUGCUGCUUUAACAAAUGUCCAGCAGGAGCGAACCAAUAACAAGAGAUCCCCAAUGUGUAAUCCACCUCCCAUCACAAAGACUUCCUACACAGAGGAGGCCUUCCAGAAGCUGGCCACAGAAACCCUGGAGGAGCUGGACUGGUGCCUCGACCAGCUUGAGACCCUUCAGACCAGACAUUCUGUCAGUGAGAUGGCAUCCAACAAGUUCAAAAGGAUGUUGAACAGAGAAUUGACUCACCUCUCAGAGAUGAGCCGGUCUGGUAACCAGGUGUCUGAGUUCAUCUCUAGUACAUUCUUAGACAAGCAGCACGAGGUGGAGAUGCCAUCACCCCAGUCCCAGAAAGACAAGGAGAAGAAGAAAAGGCCGAUGUCACAGAUUAGCGGUGUUAAAAAGCUAACGCACAGUUCCAGCCUCACCAACUCGAACAUUCCCAGAUUUGGGGUUAAAACGGAAACGGAGGACGAGCUGGCCAAGGAGCUUGAAGAUGUAAAUAAAUGGGGCCUUAAUGUCUUCAAAAUCUCGGAAUUCUCUGGGAACAGACCUUUAACAGUUAUGAUGCACACAAUAUUCCAGGAGAGAGACUUGCUAAAGACAUUUAAAAUUCCCCUUGAUACCUUUAUCACCUAUCUGAUGACUUUAGAGGACCAUUACCACAUUGACGUUGCCUAUCACAACAACAUCCACGCUGCUGAUGUCACGCAGUCCACUCACGUUCUGCUAUCAACCCCUGCCCUUGAGGCUGUGUUUACAGAUCUGGAAAUUCUCGCUGCCAUAUUUGCCAGUGCGAUCCAUGACGUUGAUCACCCUGGUGUCUCCAACCAGUUUCUCAUUAACACUAACUCUGAGCUGGCUCUCAUGUAUAAUGACUCGUCUGUGUUGGAGAAUCAUCACCUGGCUGUAGGUUUCAAACUGCUGCAGGAAGAGAACUGUGACAUCUUCCAAAACCUCACCAAGAAACAGAGACAGUCACUCCGCAAGAUGGUCAUAGACAUUGUUCUGGCCACAGAUAUGUCUAAACACAUGAAUUUGUUGGCGGAUUUAAAAACCAUGGUGGAGACCAAAAAGGUGACCAGUUCAGGGGUACUAUUACUGGACAACUACUCAGACCGGAUACAGGUUUUGCAGAACAUGGUGCACUGUGCAGACCUCAGCAACCCCACCAAGCCCCUUCAGGUGUACAGACAGUGGACGGACCGAAUCAUGGAGGAGUUCUUUAGUCAAGGGGACAGAGAGAGGGAGCGUGGUAUGGAGAUCAGCCCCAUGUGUGACAAGCACAAUGCAUCGGUCGAGAAGUCCCAGGUGGGCUUUAUUGAUUACAUUGUGCACCCGUUGUGGGAAACAUGGGCAGAUCUGGUACACCCAGACGCCCAAGAUAUCCUGGACACGCUGGAAGAUAACAGGGAGUGGUACCAGAGCACCAUUCCCCAAAGCCCCUCUCCAGCUCUGGACACCAACAGCGACGGCCGACGUACCACCGGCCAGGAAAAGUUCCAGUUUGAAUUGACUCUAGAGGAGGACGGAGAAUCAGACACGGAGAAGGACAGCGGAUCUCCUCCUGAUGAUGAGGAGGAGGAGGAUGAAGAAGAGGAGGAGGAGGAGGAAAACAGCUGCAGUGACUCCAAAACCCUUUGCACACAGGACUCUGAAUGUACAGAGAUCCCACUGGAUGAGCAGGUGGGAGAUGAACAGGAAGAGGAGGAGGAGGAUGAAGAGGAGGAACAGGAAGAGGAAAGGGAAAUAUCAGAACCUUGUGUUUUAGAGGAGGAAGAAGAGGAGGAUGAGGAAGAGGACACUGCCAACACAUAACACAGUAUGACACAGCACCUGAACUUUUUUAUAUUAGAGAUGAGAAACAUUUAUGGUUAAGACAUUAGAUUUUCUCAUUGUCUAUUUUGCAUACGUCGUUGUUUUGAAAGUGCUUUUUAAUGUUCGCCUUUUGAACCUGGUUUUAUUUUACAUUGCUCACUCUUUUAUUUCUUUUGAAGUUUUAACAAUUUUUGCACUCAGGAAUAUCUUUUCCACUUUCACCUUUCACUCAUACUUACAAGAUAAAUGAAAGGUUGAAAAAGCUUGUUUGUAAGGUACUGUUUUUUUUUUUUUUUUUGACUGAAUCAGUAUUUCAGUUGUGUGCUUUUUACUGAUUUUUCGCCAACAAGACACUACUUCAAUCUGUCUGAACGAAAGAGAUCAUUCAAAGCAUUUCAGCAGACAAACAUUUUGGUAGAGAUUACUACAUGCUUUGAACCUCACGUCUUCCUUGAUGCCUUGAAUGUGUUAUUUACCUGGAUUUUGUUGUCUGUUUUUAGCGCAUUAUUCACAAUGAAUGGACAUUUUACCAAAGUGAAGUAAAAACUCAUUUAAUUUGAUCAUGUUUGCAGUAAUUAUGAGAUUAUGAAUCUAUAAUCUUGCUUUUUUAUCCAUUCCAAAUCUGAAAAUAAUAUUUUAAAAAACAUCUACUGUAGAUUUCAUGUAGUUAAUUUAAACAUGGUGAUAUGUGUUUAAAGACAAAUUUCAACCUUAAAGGUGCAUUGUGUACAUAUUAGGAGGAUAUAUUGACUGAAAUGCAAUAUAAAAUACAUAACUAAACUGCAAAAAAUGACUUUCUUACUUAGUAUUUUGGUCUUGUUUUCAGUAGAAAUAUCUAAAAAAAAUCUUAAAUCAAGAUGUAUUUUCUUGAUCAGCAAAAUGACCUAAGAAAAUAAAUCUUUUUUUAUACAAAAAAUAUACAAUUUAAAUAAAUUUGUGCUUAAAACAAGCAAAAUUAUCUGCCUGUGGGGAGAGAACAUUUUGCUUGAAUGAAGUGUUUGAGAAAAAAAUUAAACUUAUUUCAAGAUUUUUUUUCUCACCCCAUUGGCACAUAUUGUUGCUUGUUUUAAGCACACAAUCACUUAAAUUGUAUAUUUUUUUGUCUAAAAACUAGACUUAUUUUCUUGGGUCAUUUUGAUCAUCAAGAAAAAGCAUCUUAAUUUAAGAAUAUUUAGAUAUUUCUACUGAAAACAAGACAAAAAUACUAAGUAAGAAAGUCAGUGUACACUGAAAAAAUUAUUUUCAAGAAAAAAACAUUCUUUGUAUUUUUGUCUUGUUUUUAGUAAAAAUAUCAAAUUAAAUUAGGAUGCUUUUUCUUGAUGAGCAAAACGACCCAAAAAAAAAUCUCAUUUGUAGACCCAAAAUAUUAUAUUUAAGUGAUUUUUUUGUAUAAAACAAGCAAAAAAAUAUUUUUGCUUGUUUUAUGCACAAAAUCACUUAAAUGUGUCAUUUUUGGUCUAAAAACUAGACUUAUUUUCUUGGGUCAUUGUGCUUAUCAAGAAAAUAUAUCUUGAUUUAAGAAUUUUUAGAUAUUUUUACUGAAAACAAGAAAAAAAUACUAAGUAAAAAUCAUAUUUUGCAGUGUUUUUGUCAUUAUGUUGUCUCAGACAAUGACUUAUUUGUCAUGUGUUAGCAACCGCAGCUUCUCUAUGUGUUUUAAAAAAGGGAGGGGUGAGCGCUGGACUGAGCUGUUAGUUGCAAUUCUCAAUCUCACCACUAGAUGCCCCUUAAAUCUACACACUGCACCUUUAAACAUAUUUUUCUGUCAAGAACAACAAAUUGAGUCUGAUUCAGCCAUAAAUGUUUGUUGACUACCAAAAAUGUGCAAAUACACUCCUGCAGUGGAUUAAAAUGAAUCUUGGGUGUUACAUAAUAAUAAUAUUAUAAAAUAAUCACUACAAAUUAUAUUUCUGUUAGUAAUAUAUGAAGUAUUUUUAUCAUUCUUUUUUUAUUUAUAUUCUGGCUGUUUGUUUAGGCUUUCUUACUCUUAUUGUUCACGUCUAUGUUCGAUUCCAUAUGUCUGCGGCCUCAACUGACAUAAACGCUGGAGGUUUUUCUGUUUUCACAAUCACACAACAAAGCCUCAAUGUGAGUGUGGACUGUGUUUUUUUAUAUAUUUAUUUUUAUGUUUUUUUUUACUUUGCCAAACAUUUCCAUUCAUAAUGACUUGAUUGCUGCUGUAUUUAUGUUUGCCAAGUGUCCUACUGUCCAAGUAUCCUCAUUUUCUAUCAUUUUCCUGCUAGCAUUAUUUAUUAAUGCUCUUUGAUGUGCUUGUAGCAUAUUAAAGCAUUUGAAUCAAAUCGUAGCAUCAGCAAUGCAGGCUUAUGAGUCCGGUCUCCUGAAUACGUGACCCUGCCUGUGAAAACCAAGUUAAAGAUUGACUUUUUUACAUAAAAUCAUCCUACAUAAUGUGAAAUUAUAUCCUUGAUAUCUUUAAUAUUGACAGACAGAGUAAGGUCAUAAGACUUUGAUGCUUGAUAUCUUUAACCUGUAUUUCACAGACAGGAUCACAUAUAUAUUAUUUUAUUUAUACAUAUGCAGUAAAUAUGAAUCAAAUGUAUAAAAGUCUGUAUGAUAUCGAAGCCUUUUAAAACUGCGCCCAUACUUUUUUCGUUUUAUUUAGGUUUUUUAAAUGUUGUUUCUCAUUUCUGUCUGUUUACAUACACACACACACACACACACACAUAUUUAUUGUGCUGUACAGUACAUAUUGUUGCUCUUACCAUGUUGUUGUAAAUGAUUAUAUCAUCCCUUUUGGUGAUGGUGUUGUAUUAUGAAACUCUUGCUGAGAGAAUGUUUGUUAUUCUUAGUAUAUAUAAUAAUCCCAUUGUUAUGUGUCUCUAGAGAGAUUGCGUAGAGAAAGGGGAAGCCAAACUAUAUAGUCAUUAUUUUUUUUAUUUCCAUUCUUUCUUUUUUUAAAGAAAGUGGUUCAGUGGCCUGAGGGUUGUGCCUUACAGAUAGAUCUUUAGUUUUUAACCUCUUGCUGCACUAAAGUAACUGCUGGUUGAAAAUAUUGACCUACAGUUGAUGUUUGUCGUGUUCCUCCUGUAUAUGUGGGAUAAAACGAAACGAAACCUGUUUUAUAGACAAAAGUGUCAGACCUCAUCAGACAGGGUAAAGCGGGCCGCGGUGCGGUGGGUUUAAGGCCAGCUGUAAACACCUCCAUCAUAUUUCCGUCCAUGCUGUGUUUAUUUGACUGAAAUAUAACAGGCAUUCUUCUGGAUUAUCACGAACAUUUUUUGUGUUCAUGCAAUAUGAACGAAUGAAAAACAUUUGUGUUUUGGAUAAUAACAGGACACUAUGAUGUCUAGAUUUUAAGAGGGAACAUCUUCACCAAAACCCAAAUCUUCAAGUUUGGACUCAUUUUGACACGUAUACUGUAGAUUCUCGCCGGAAAUGGAUGAAAUCAGUGUGUCCUUUUUUGUUAUCUUUUUCAAUCACAAGAGAAAUACACAAACAGAUUUGAAAAAAGAUAUUUAGCGAUAACUAUUUUUCUGUUGUGCGACUUGAAUGACUAAUUGUCUGGAGGUUUCACAAGACGGUGUAGUUGUUUAUCGAGCUCAUUGUUUAUUGCAGUCUAUUGGAUAGAACUGUAGAGAUAAAAUUUACGUACGAAAACUGGUAAAAUCCAAUAAAAAUGUUUUUAUAUGCACCAAAAUAAAAGCAUGGGUUGACUCUA